AUGAACUGUAAUUUAUUCAAUAAGUUUUGUGAGCUCCUUGUUGUUGAGGGACGGCUGAAAAGAACUAAGGAUGUAGACAUAGAUGAGAUGGUAUAUGCCUUUCUGUGCACCAUUUCACACAAUGAGAAGAAUAGGACAGUGGCUAUUAACCUACGUCGAUCAGGGGAGACCAUCUCGAGAUCAAUUCAUCGGGUAUUGAGGGAUGUCAUUAGACUUAACAAUGUAUUGAUGAAGACUCCCGUCCCCAUUGAUGAAAAUUGCAAGGACAAUAGAUGGAAACAUUUUAAGGUCAAUAUCUAUCUUAGCCUUUUGGAGUACAAUCACUGGGAUCCAAAGCAUGACACACCAUUUGUGGAGUGCUUGUGUGAGUUAGUUGAGCAAGGUCUAAUAGAAGAUGGGCAGUGCAAGAAUGGUGUUUACAAGGAGUUGGAAAGAAUGAUGGAAAGUAAAGUACCUGGUUGUGGUGUGAAGGCUAGGCCAACUAUCCAGACAAGGAUAAGGAAACUCAAGGAUUGGUUCCAUGCAACAAUGACGAUGAAGAAGGAAAGUGGGUGGGGGUGGCAUACAGAGGACAACCAUGUCAUCGUGGAAGAUGAGACUUGGAAGAACUAUGUGAAGGUAGUUGUGUGUUUAUUAAGGUUUUGUUAG